AUGGUGUCAAACUUUGGUCCCGAGGAUGCCGAUGACCAGCAACAGAACUUUUACAAGCCUCAAGAGGGACUAUUGCAACAAGGUAAACGUUUCCUCCAGCUUGGCCGACUGCCAACCAAGCAUGACUUCAACUUUGUCAAGCUCCUCAGUGCCGGGGCUUAUGGUGGCGUCUGGCUGGCCGUGCACCGUGACACGAGCGAGCGCGUGGCCAUCAAAGUCUUGAAGAAGAAGGAUAUGAUGGACAAAAAUGUAGUGCGACAGGUCAUGGCCGAAAAGAAUAUUCUGCAGUUCGCUCGCAGCCCAUUUCUGAUCAAUCUCUGGUGCUCCUUCACGACCAAAGAGUCGCUGUACAUGGUGAUGGAGUAUGCAUCGGGCGGUGAUCUGGCGGCUUAUCUCAAAAUGUGUGAGCGCCUUCCCGUGGACCAGGCCCGCCGAUACAUUGCCGAAACUAUCUUGGCCGUCGAGUACAUUCACGAGUUUGGAAUCGUGCACCGUGACCUCAAGCCCGACAACCUCGUCAUUGCGGAGAACGGCCAUAUCAAGUUGACUGAUUUUGGCCUCUCCAAAGUGGGUGUCAUGAAUCGCACGAGCGUUCUCGAAGAACAUUCAGUUGCCGGGGUGGCCGACUUCAAGGACAAGCAACGCUUGGGCACACCGGAUUACAUGGCACCGGAGGUCAUUACAGGUCAAGGCUACGGCAAGGCGGUUGACUGGUGGGCCAUUGGCAUCAUUCUGUACGAGUUCCUCUACGGUGCCCCGCCCUAUUCGGGUGAUACUGUUGAAGAACUGUGGGACCAAACCCUGAAUGCCCCCGUUGAGUUUCCUGAAGAUGAUGAGGACGACGAGGACGAAGAGAAUAGGCAGGAUCCCUAUUACGUCAUUCCAGAGGCCCGGGAUCUCAUUGAGCUUCUUUUGGAAAAGGACCCCGCUCGCCGUUUGGGUACC